AUGGACGGCGCUAUUCGUCAAUUUGGCGACCGUAGCGUUCAAACCAUUGAAGCACGCCAAGAAGGCGAUCAGACGCGGAAGGGCAAGGACCGCAAGCCUAAGGAGGAAGUCCUCAGUCGCCAGCUAAUCAACAAGCUCAAUAUCCAUAGGUUGAGUAAUCAAUGCACUGAAGAUGAUCUGGCUUUUGUUCGCGAACUCAAGGAGCGUCUUACGACAGAGUAUCUGCUCGCCCACGAACCGUGGAAUAACAUCCGUCUUCCACCCGAGUAUAUCCAAAGCGACUUCAUGGCCCCUCCCGUCCUCUUCUUCGGCAUAGGCUUCAACCGUACCGCCGAAGACGUACUAUCGCUCGCCCAAAAGCUCAAUGUUCCCGAGCCGACCAUCUGCGGUAAGAACCAUUCGAGGUACCUCGACAUGGUCCUUUUGGGUGUAGAGGAUACCAUUAACAAGAAGCUUGGCAAGUCGCCGUGGCGCAUCAAGUUUUGGGGGAUCCUUUCACCCAACACAAACUUGACGCGGGUGAUGUCCCUGACUGACAAUAGCUUGACGAGCUUGUCCAAUAAGGGUGCGCUCGUCGACGACAUGGUUCGCUUCCGCUCUGUCGAGUGGGAUUUGCUGGAGGAUACGGCGCAGGCGCUUCAUGAGCUGACGCGCAGAGAUCCGAUGUGGCACAUAGGCAACCACAUGCACAACGAGGAUUGGGAGUCUCGGAAGGGCUACAGCGCGUUUGGCAUGUAAUGCAUCCCUCUUGAUAAUUUAAUUAUACCUGUACAUUGACAAAUUUACUUAUGAAUGAGAAUGACAAUGCAUCGU